CCACGCCCCGUCGCCACGGCAACAGCGCGGCGGGCCCGGGCCGGGGAUGGCGGCGCGCGGCCGCGGGGGCCCCGCGGGCGACGAGGACGGCGGCGGCCUGGCGGAGGAGAGCCGGUACCUGGCUGCCUGCCGGGCCUGCGGCGUGAGCCCGGCCUCCAGCCUCCUGCGGCGCCGGCCGGGCCCCGCGCUUCGCCUGCGGCACCGUGGCCUGGGCCCGCGGGUGAGGGACGGCAGCGCCAGCCCCCCCCGGGGGACACCCGGCGUGGGGCCCUGGGCCAUGGGGGGGGCUCGUAGGACCCGCCAGCCGGCCGGGACUGCCCCCUCUGGCACCCCGCCGAUUCGUGUAGCUGUGCUGCCUCGCCAGAACCAGAAACCACUGUCAACACGCCAGCCUGGCGACUGCCGGCUUUGUCUUUCCCACUGGUGUAACUCCUCUGGCUACCACAGCAACCCAAGUUUUAUGGCAAGGGCAUGUGCGGGGGCCCUUUUUUGCCUGCCUUGCAAGUACCAGUUAGGGGCCAGCAUUAUGGCACCUGAGGGUGCCAAGGCGCUAGCUCUUUCCUUGAUGGUCGAUACUUCUAUCCUCACAUUAGACCUGAGUGACAACUGGCUGCAGGGAGAAGGGGCGGCUGCAAUUGCAGAGAUGCUGAAAGAAAACUGCUACAUUUCAGAUGUUGACUUAUCUGACAACAAAUUAGGCGUUGAAGGAGCUAAGGCCUUGUCCGCUAUGCUUCUAGAAAAUACUACAGUUGUGUCCCUCCAGCUCUCAGGAAAUGAAUUUGACGAUCACGCAGCAAAGUAUUUAGCGGAUGCCAUCACAGCAAACAGCAAAGUGGAAAUUCUGGAUCUGAGUUACAACAUGUUUGGUGACAAAGGAGCUGAAAUUCUUGGAAUGGCAAUAGCAGAAAACGUUGGAUUAAAGGAAUUUAAAAUCAGCUGGAACCAUUUCCAUAGCCAUGGGGCAGCUGCGUUGGCCAAAGGCUUGGGGGCAAACAUAUUCCUCAAAGUGCUGGAUGUUUCCUACAAUGGCUUUGGCAACAGUGGAGCAGCUGCCUUGGGGGAGGCUCUUAAAGCCAACAACGUGCUGGAAGAGCUCAAUGUUAGCAGCAACCGUAUUUUGGUGGAAGGAGCUCUGCACAUUGCAGCUGGCCUGAAACAAAACAAGACUCUGAAAAGACUUAGCAUGAUCCGAAAUCCCAUGCAGAGUGAAGGCUGCUGUGGGGUCCUCAAAGCUCUACAAGAAAAUUCUGGCACUGGCAUAGAGAUCCUGGACUUGCCAGACAUCCCUGUGAACAAAGAGCUUGCAGAGCUGUGUGAUGCUGUGAAAAUACUUUUCCCCGAUCUUCUUCUCAGAUAUGGUGGAAACGUGAAGUUGCAGAGGAAAAGUCAGUCAAAAGCUGAGCUUUGGACUCAGCCCAAAGUGGUGGGUAAUUUGCAGGAUGCAGUGGUUUAACAUGGCUCUCUUUGGGGCUGCUGCUUCAGCACCUCUGCCUAACAGCCCAGCACCACUCACCAAGGAUGUGCCAGGGCAGGAUCUGUGCAUAUAUUGGCAACUUCGUCAUUGCUGACACUUGGAAGUUUUCUGUCUUUUCGCUUUAAGAUUUCUGCUAUGACCAGCUCUGUGUCUCUUCCAGCACGCUCAAGAGCAUCCUCAUGGGUGAGAGCCCAGGGGCUCCUUCUUAAUCAUCUUUGUGUUUAGGGCCAUUUGUCUGGUGGAACAUCGUGUGCUGUAGCUGCUGCUGGUGCUUGGGACCAUAGGCCACCGCAGUGGGGGCUGUGCAGCCCGAGAGUGUGCUUAGGAUGUAGGAAGCAAAGCCCUAUCCAGAGAUGUGCUGUGAACAAAUGCUUUCCGCCUUAGGCUUGUUCUCCUGUCCUGCAGCCGGCGUUGCCUUUGCUGAACUGGCUGUCAGAUGCACUGGUGACUCAUUUUCACCUGCUUCCUACCACAGUUCCUUAGAUUUACAUGGAGCCUGUGCUCUCCAGAGUUAGAGCCCCUGUCCUGGGUCAUGACUGGCGUUAUUUCCUGGGUGCAUGCUCUUGCUUUUGUCAGUGUUACACAGGAUGGAUGCUACAAGUUGCCUGGAAGUAGGACGGGCGCUCAGUGGCAGCUCAGGAAUGACAGCAAACAUGAGCUGAAACUCUUUUCCCCUUCCUGGGACAUUUUCUGUCAUUUUGGUAUAAUUCAGUGGAUCCUUGCUGGGACACCUGGGCACUGUGAUUCAGGGAGGAGGGGAACUGUGAGCUCCUGGGAGGGCAUUGGGCAGGAACCUGGCUUAACUCUCUCUGUUUAUUGAGGAGGGAUUUGUCUGGCCUAACUCAUAUACAGUGUAGGUGGCUGUGUCUGAAGCUAUUACACAAGAUCUGGUCAUAGAUGGAGGUUUAAUCAAUGGCAUUUAAGGCAAAAUUAACACACCAAAGUGUAGAGGGACCUGGCUUAACUCUCCCUGUUACAGUCUCUGUGAAAAAGUGGUUUCUUGCAGGAGUUUCUUGCCGUGUGGGAGGGGGGCUGAGGAUGGUCACACAGACAGCUCUGGAUGCCUGCCUUGGGCUGGAGGCACAGGCAGCUCUGCCCUGCAGUCAGAGAGCAGCAAACCCCGGUGCUGUUGCAGUGCUGCCUUAGCCUAGUUGUGGCUAUACACAAAUAAUUGCCUGUCAUUCCCUGGAGGUUGGCAGACAUCGUUUGUAAAGCACAUGCAAUCUCGGCUUUAGCCCUGGCUCUAGCUAGGCAAGCCUGGUCUGUCCCCUGGCAUGUCAGCGUGCACUGGGUUUGAUUUCCUCUUUCACUGACACACCAGGUGAUGAGGUCUGGGGACGUCCAGGCAGCGCUCUCCUGUACGGCAGUGGUGACACCUCUGAGGAGGCAGCUUGUGAAUGUGGGGGCCCAAUUUCAAGACGGCUCCUGCCAGUCUCCUUCCAGAGUAGCUGGCUGGUGCCCUGUGCUUUGCCUUAUGGUUUUUUUCCCUUAUAACAGAAGCAUAAUCCCCUCACUCACGUCUGUAUUUAAUUUCCCUAGUAAAUGGGCGUACCAGUGAAAUUGCACUUAGUGUUAGUUCUCAGCAGAAGAUGAGGUUUAGCCCCUUUAUUUGAAAAUAACUCUAUUCAGUUACGAUUUACGUAAUGGAGUCUGUCCUGUACGUGUGCAAAUUAUUUCACAGUUAUGUAUCUAAUAAACAGUGUCUGAGCCUUGGACUCGCACACGUCUGUUCACACCAUUUGGGGAGGUCUCUUGCAUGUUGUAAGGUCUGUAAAUCUGUGUUGUUUUGAGAAACUUCAGAACCAUCCGGACACCCCCUCGAUCUCUAGGUGAAAAAUUCAUGUAUCGAACACAGAGGCUAUUAUGGGUCUUGAUUUAAAUCAGUAUAAGUACUUAUAUUUGAAAAUAUUUAGUCAUCAUUUAUUGUUGCUGCUAUGUCCUUUGCCUCUAGCCCUUCCUAUGCUCUCCAAAGAAGAGAUGCAAAUUAAAAUCGUAUUAAAAAAUAAGGUGGGUAAAAAA